GGAUGUAUCUAAAUUUAAGGUACUUAGGUACCGAAGACAAAAUGUAGCAGUCAACAAAAGGCCUCGCCGUCGCUAGCUUCUCAUUAGCUUAUAUGGAUGAUAUAUAUUAAGUAUACAUGUUCAUACUUUUUCUUUCUUUUUAGAAAAAUGCCGAAGCACGAAGUAGAUUACUCGUUAUACCUGGUGACAGACUCGACGCCCGCCAUCCUCGGGGACGCGGACAUAUGCGAGGUGGUGGAAGCGGCGCUGAAGGGCGGCGUCACAUGCGUCCAGUACCGGGACAAGACCAGCGACACGGGCGUGCUGGUGUCGACGGCCCGGAAACUGCACGAGGUCACGAGGAGGUACAACGUCCCGCUGCUCGUUAACGAUCGCCUGGAUGUUGCGCUCGCGGUCGGGUGCGAGGGCGUGCAUAUCGGACAGGAUGACCUGGAUUUACCCACGGCUAGAAAAAUUCUAGGAGAAGACGCUAUCAUCGGCGUCACUGUGAGCAAUAUUACCGAAGCAGAGGCCGCUGCUAAAGGAGGUGCCGACUACCUGGGGAUUGGGACUGUGUUUGCUACGCCUACAAAAGAAAACACAAAAAGCAUUAUUGGUGUAGAGGGACUCCAGCAGAUCCUACUCAAGAUCGCCGCCGAGAAUUGGCCCGUGAAGACCGUAUGCAUCGGAGGCAUCAACGCGUCCAACGUAUCGCGCGUAGUAUGGCAGAGCUCCGCCAAGGGGAAAUCGCUCGACGGCGUGGCGGUAGUAAGCGCCAUCAUGGCAUCCGGGGACCCGGAGGCCGCAUCGCGAGACCUUGCGCAACUCGUGAAGUCGCCGCCGGCGUUCGCCCGAUCCGUCGCGAGGCUGGGGCAGCAGAUGAGGUCAGCGCAGGAGCUGCUGUCCCUCGUGCCGUACGUCCUCAGAGCGGUGGACAGCAGGAACCCGCUGUCGCACAACAUGACCAACCUCGUCGUCCAGAACUUCGCCGCCAACGUCGCGCUGAGCGUCGGCGCCAGCCCGAUCAUGGCUAAUUACGGCGAGGAGGCGGCCGACCUGGCGAGGCUCGGGGGCGCGCUGGUUAUUAAUAUGGGAACUGUUACGCCCGAGGGUCUGACGAACUAUUUGAAAGCACUUAAGGCGUAUAAUGAUGCUGGGCAGCCCGUCGUUUACGACCCCGUUGGUGCUGGUGCAACAGCAGUCAGGAGAUCCGCCGUCAAGACGAUCCUAGGCGGCGGGUACGUCGACGUGCUCAAAGGCAACCAGUCGGAAAUCCUCUCCUGCGUACCGGGGGGGUCCAACGUGCAGCAGCGGGGCGUGGACAGCGAGUCCGGGAGCCGGAACCUGCAGGAGCUCGGGACCGCGAUCAAAGAGCUAGCGCGGCUGCGCCGACACGUGGUCGUGAUGACGGGAAAGACGGACCUGGUGACGGCCGGGGAGACGGUGUUCGCGAUCGAGAACGGCCACGAGUACCUGGGGGCGGUGACGGGCACGGGGUGCUGCCUGGGCACGACGAUCUCGGCGGCGGUCGCGGCGCACCCGAAUGACAAGCUCGCCGCGACCGUCGCCGCGGUCCUGUACUACGGCGUCGCGGCGGAGCUGGCGGCCGAGAGGCCCGAUGUUAAGGGCCCCGGUACGUUUGUGCCGGCGUUCAUCGACGAGCUGUAUAACGUGAGGAAAGCUACUGUUCGGGGGGAUCUCGAAUGGCUUAAGAGAGCGAAGGUCACGGUGGUGUCUUGAUCUAGGUACCUAGGUAGUGUAUACCCAUCCAUCUGAUUUAUUAAUAGCUUCUUGAAUAUACUUAUUAAUAAGGGGAUACAUAGGUACAUAUUAUAAAUAGAUGUUAGGUGUGCAAUGUCUUUCUAUGUAACUUACUUAGGUACUUACCUAGGUUAGGUAGUGUAAUACAUCCCGUCCUUCUAUUCGUGAUUUACUAUAUGGUUUAUGAAG